AAAGAAGCUGAACAAGCAACUACUUUCUCAGAAGCAAAACUCACAACAAGAGAUGAGCUUGCACUAGACAGCUCAUCUUUUAAAGAUAAUAACAAAGAGAAUAACUUUCCUCAAGAAAAUAUAUUAUCAGCAAUUCUAAUAGAAGAAGAUUAUACAACUGCAAGCUCUAUACAAGAAAGAACGAACAAAAAAGAAUUCUUCAAAAGCUCAAUAAGAGCAUAUUUAUUUUUAUAA